AUGUCGUCCAACCUGAGCGCUAACACGGUCUUGGACCUUAUCAAGAACCGCCGCACCAUCUACGCGCUGAACAAGGAUCUGACCAUCACCGAAGACCAUGUCCAGGAGAUCGUCAAGGAGGCUCUGCAACACGUCCCCAGCAGUUACAAUUCCCAGAGCAACCGCGUGGUAGUGCUUUUCAAUAAUGAUCACAACAAAUUCUGGGAGAUAACCCACGAUGUCCUGAAGGGCAUGCUUCCGGAGGACCGCUUUGAGGCCACUGCAACCAGGCUUGCCAUGUUUAAGGCCGCUGCGGGAACCAUUAUGUUCUUCGAAGAUAUGUCAGCCGUCGAGGUUAUGCAGGCCAAGUUCCCGCCCUACGCCGACAGAUUCCCCCCGUGGGCUGCGCAGAGCGCUGGCAUGCUCGAGUACAUCCUGUGGGUGGCGCUUGAGGCCGAGGGUCUCGGAGCCAACCUGCAGCACUACAACCCCAUCGUCGACGCCAAGGUCACCGAGGAGUGGAAGCUGCCGGCUUCUUGGAAGCUAAACGCCCAGCUUGUGUUUGGCGGCAGAGCGGGCGAGCCUGGAGAGAAGACGUUUGCGCCUCUCGAGGAGAAGUACAAGGUGUUUGGGGUUUAA